AAAACCCAAAAAACCUAAGGCCUAAGAUUAUCCUGUGAUCUAUUUGCCUGCAGUACUAUUUUAGUCAAUUAUUGUCAGUUUAGCUUUUUAAAAUGGAAUCUUCAAGUACAGAUCAACCCGAGCUCCCCAGCACCAUAGAAGCAGACAAUAUCAACGAAUCUGCGAAACUUCAGAGUGAUAAUUCAGAAAACUGCAGCGGCAAUAGCAGCAGCAGUAGUGACAGCAGCAGCAAUGAAAGUAGUAGCAGUGGAAGCUGUGAGAGUAGCAGUGAAACUGAAAAUUUACUUAAGAACCUUGGAACAGUUAUUUCUCAAUCUUUUUCUGAAAAUGCUGAAAGAUACACAAACCGGCCCCCAUCAAUUAUGGCAAGUUUUGAAGCGGACUUGGGAAAACUGCCCUUGGAAGCCAACUCUGCGGAAGUGUAUAUACGAACAGUUCGUCGAACACUCGAUACAACGGAUAUUAUUAAGUGCGCUAAGGAGGAUGUCCCUGAUGUAGUUGUUGAGGGUGGUGUACCAGCAGUUCAUGUUAUGUCCCUCUUCCUGCUAGGACUAGUAGAGUUCCUUUGUGGUAAUGCUCUGUCCAUCCUUUCUCCGUUCUACACUACAGAAGCUGCUUCUAAAGGAUUAUCAGUGACUGCUAGUUCUGCUGUAUUUGCUACCGUGUUCAUUCUUCAGAUCGUCUUUACUCCUAUAUUCGGACGAUACAUCACUAGUAUUGGAUCUAUUCGUCUUCUAGUAGUAGGUUCCAUAGUUUCUGGUUUGGCGAACAUCGGAUUCGGAUUCGUGUCCGAUAUUAACGAUGUUCAACUGUUUUUCUGGAUCAGUAUCCUUAUGCGUAGUAUUACAGCUCUCGGAGAAUCCGCCAUCAAUACUGCUGUAUACCCACUUGCUAGAAGUAUGGCCCCUGCCAAGUAUGCAUCUACUGCAAUGUCUUGUAUGGAAACAUCUUUCGGUCUUGGGACCAUGAUGGGACCAUUCCUUGGAGGUGUCCUCUAUGAGCUUGGUGGAUUUUAUCUUCCUUUCCUGUUCUGUGGAAUAAUGCUCGGUUUGAGUGGUAUCGUGGCUGGUCUUCUCAUAUACUGCUGGAUAGUGAAGAAGGAGCAGGGAGGAGGAAUUCUUGAUUUCGUUCCUGUUCGGGUCAAAUACAGAGACGUUAUCACGAAACCUGGAGUUCUUAUUGCCUCCAUAGUUCUUAUUUUCUCAGGAAUGAGCACACAAUGGUAUCAGCCUACAAUGGAACCCUACCUCUCUUCUCAAUUCAACAUCUCUCCGUUCAAGGCGAGCCUGUUCCUUGUUAUUGAUGGAGCUGUGUAUGCUGUUAUAUCUCCAGUCUGGGGUCUACUCCUGGAUAAACGAAUGGAUGUUAGGGUUCUGUUAAUGCUUGGGAGUGGUUUGAUAUCCGUAUCUUUUAUCAUCCUUGGACCAGUUUUUCUUCCCCUUGAGGCGUCAUUAGCUCAGGUUGGAGUUUCAAUGGGAGUACAUGGUUUAGGAAUGGGGGCUAACUUUAUUGGUACCCUGAUCCUCCUGACCAGAGAAAUAGAGAAAGGAGAGAAUGUAAACAAAGAGCAAGCCCAGGGUCUAGCUACCAGCUUGUGGAUCACUAACGAGUGUAUUGGGAGUUUUAUUGGAUCUGCAUUAGGUGGGUUAACCUAUGAUAAGAUAGGUUGGGAGUACAGUUGUCUAGUUAUUUCUCUAAUUCAAUUUAUUGGACUCAUUCUUUGCCUCUUCCACAGGGAAGAAAACGUGACUCUGAUACAAAGAAUGAUUGUCAGGAGUGCUGGACGGGUUAAGAAGGAAAAAACAGGAUGCGGAAAAGGAACCUCUGAUAAGAAACUCCAAACCUUCCUACGGUUCAAAUAAUNAAUUACUACUU